AUGCCGAACCACCGGUUGGAGAUCUUCGUUGGGCUCUUCCUCUUGCACCCAAAGGUCGAAUGUCGGGCUGCUUUUUCGAACCACCAAGCUUCAUCUUUUAAGUAUGAGGAGGCCAAGAGGCAGGCCGAGGCUGAUCUCGCUUCCCAACCUGGAGAUCCCGAUGUUAAUGCAACCCAGUCCACCGAAGGCUGUCUCUUUCUGGAUGUGAUUACACCAAAUAAGGCAUUUCAAAAUCGUGAUAGUCACCAUUUAGCUCCAGUAUUAGUUUGGAUCCAUGGAGGGGCUUAUAUCACAGGCAACAAGAUCGAUGGCAGUCCCGGGGAUCCCACCCGUCUUAUCUUAAAUAGUCAGAAGGAUGAAUCCAACGGCAUUGUCUAUGUCGCAAUUAACUACCGGCUGGGCGGGUUAGGCUGGUUAGCAGGGCGGGAAUUUGAGGCAGCUGGUGGAGUUCCCAACCUCGGUCUUCAUGACCAACGGCUUGCCCUGGAAUGGGUUCAACAGAACAUCAAUCUAUUUGGUGGUGAUCGGAAUAAUAUUACAGUCGCUGGUGGAUCCGCUGGACUGCCGGAGUGA